UGCUGUGUACGACUGAUCAGUAGCUGCCGGGAACAUCGAGCCAUUGGUCAUUACUACCAGAGGGUGUGCCAAAAGAUACCAAAAGGAGGAACUACCAAUUAUUGACACUUUUUAUAUGUUGCAUACAUUUUUUCUUUCCUCUAUAUUAACAAAUGACCUGCAUAUUAAUACUUUUCUAUUGUUUUUAUUGUUGCGUUUUAGUCCUUAUUUGUAAAGAGAAAAGAAAAGCAUUUCAGAAACGGCCUUAUUGACCCUUAAACGAUGCUUCUCUGUUUCACAGACUCUCUGGAAGCUGCACGCUGUCCUGGAUGCGUUCAUGACCUGAUGCGCUGAUGGGAAGCUCAGCAGAACCUUUGUCUUCUUUGGCCUCACAUCACAGCCCCCGUUUCAUGAUUCAUGUCCAGUUAAAUGUUUGCGCCAUGUGCAAACAUUAAAGAGCAAAGUACAGGAGGCUGCUGUGCAAGCUCUAGAAAACAAUUUGGUGCACAACCAACCGCUGGCUGUAACUGGGCCGAAUGUCAGGCUCACCUGAUUAUUACAGGACAUCGUUUGGGGUGCAGGAGGGGGUUGAAGAAAUCACAUCCAUCAGGAGAUAUGAAGGACUUAUAUCCAGAGCUGCCCACUUGGACUGAACAGAAGGUCAGGAGUAGAGUCUGUGAUCGUCCUCUUUCGUGUCCAGUUUGGAAGCAGUGGAGAAGCAGAGGAAGAUGAGGCGUUCUGACGCGGCGGUUUCUCGUCCCAAUCCAACCAGCAGGGCUCAGAGAGCAGUUUUCAAGAGGGCUACAACUCGCCUGGCCAAGAUUGCUCUAGUCCUCCGGGCUGCUCCGAACCAGAUGCUCACUUGUUCUCAGUUAAGGGAGAGGCUGACUGGGCGGACAGGUGACGAUGACAAAAAAAGGGUUGAGAACAACAUCAGAGUAUGUUUGUCAAGUCAUACGUGCUUCAUCAAAAUUCCAAUGAUCCCGGAUUCCCUGAACAGCAAGAAAAACUACUGGAAACUGGACUGCAGUCAGAUCACGGCCAAGAUGGUGCGCCGUCACUUUAAAGGACUCCUGCAGCUCUUCCCUGAGCUGGCCUCUAAGCUGGAAAGGGAGAACCCGAAGAGACCCUCGGAGCAGGGCUCGGCUCCCCCGUCUCCUGAAGCUGAGGCCUGCAGAGCCGUUCAGGUCAGCUGCGAGGUGAAGUUCAGCGGCCCGUUCUCCAUCGAAUCCCUCCUGAAGAGAGACGGCCCGUCCUCUCGGACCCCCGGGCCUCCUCAUCAGUCCGGCGUGGAGCAGCGGCCUCAGCUCACAAACACGAAAAGAGGCUUCACCUCCUACCCUUCGCCACCCAUCGUUCUUCGCACCACAACGGGUUCUUCUCACAUCUGCUGCGGUGGCGGGUGCCCGCAUCCCGGGCCCUUCGCUCCCAGAGCUGUCGGGUCCUUCUUGAUUCCUGUCCACACCGAGCCCUCGUCUGCUCCUCGUUUAGCCAGCUCGCAGCACAGUUACGUCUCUUAUUCUGUACCGGCGUUCUCACGAAACACGUCUCAGGGAUGGCAAUAAAUAGUUUCACACCUAAA